AUGGUUCGCUCGCGUUCGUCUUCUCCCAACCCUGCCAACCAGGAGCGGGGAUACAAAGCGGCACUCCAUAACCCUCGUGUAUCUCAGUCAGCAAAGGACCACGCCCAGCAAGUGCUAGAGGGUCAAUUCAACGAAGUUCCCGCAAACCCUCCCAGCGAGGAAGAGCAGGUUGGCAAAUACGGUUCGCAGUCUGUGCAGACUAGCAGAGGCGAUCAGGCAAGUAGGACCAAUGUUGUCCGUGGAUUGAAAGCCGCAACCCAUAACCAGCAAAACACCGACUUUGGAAGAGCCCAGGCUCGUUCCAAGCUGGAGGAUAUGGGCCAGAAUCCCGACGAAUAA